AUGGCCUUAGAUCUGCAGAAGAUAAGAAAAGUUGCUGAAGCUGAACAAGGGUACAUGGGCGAGUUUCCAAACAUGGAGAGCCUAGAGUCUUUAAUAACCCCAAGGGUCAAAGUAUGGUUGGAAAGGCAUGGCCGAGCCAUUCAAACGGAGGCAAGACAAAUCUUUUCACCCACGACUAGUCUUAAAGUUAUGCGCAACAACACGUUCUCUGCACAGAGCAAUCACGUCACUCUCUUUAAAAUGAACAAGCUCUCUCUGAGCACCACUCUCUGGCUUCGACAGACCCAAGCAUUGACAAAGAAGAUUCUGCUCAUCACGGUCGUUCGCCACUGGUUAUCAACAUUAAUUCGCUGCCUCGUCAUACCAAUCCUCGUCCUCUCGCUGGUACUGGGAGUCCAGAACUUCACCUCCUCGAGCAACAAGUACGGCAUUGGCAAGCCCACACCCGCUCCGAUCCUUUCCGAAGUCACUCCCAAUGGCGCGAAACUCUUCAUUAUCCAGCCCUCUGGUGCGGGAAGCGACGUCUCCGCUGUGAUCGAAGACGUGGUCAAACCGCUUGGGAAAAAAGCCAAGGUAGAAAUACUCAAGGACGAGCAGAAAUUGAUGGAGAAGUGCCCCACGGACGUUAAUGGAAAAACAGACUGUUAUGCCGCUGUCAUCUUCAACGACUCUCCUCUGAGUGAUGGCGGAAACAAACAGUGGAACUACACGAUGCGGUGCGGUUCCUCCAACGUUGGACCCAGCUUCGACGUCUUCCAAUCGGCCAAGGCGGCGACGAACCUCUAUAUCCCAUUGCAACUCGUUAUCGACCAAGCUAUCACUAAUUCGUCAGUAGUCCCUGACAUGUACAUGUUUACUCGCACUACCCAGGAACAGGCCAAGGCAGUGCACCGCCCAUCAGAGCGCGAGUCAGGCAUGACGCAGCUGAUUGAUGUUAUGGGCGGAGGUGCAUUUUCUGCUCGAGUGCUGAGCUAUGUCAUCGCAUUUGAUAUUAUAUACCUACCGUCCUGGAUUAUACUAGGAGGAAUCUAUUCUAGUCUGCUUCUUCCGACUUCUAGUGCCGGCAUAACCAUCCUCUGGCAAAUCCUCACCGGAUGGGCUCUGACUAGCGGCUGUGUCUUCGGCGCGACAUUUGCCAUCAGAUACUCUACCAUCCUCGCCGUUAUUGCCGUGAUCGGCAUGGCUGCAUUCGCACAGCUUCUCGACAGCCAAACAGAACCGAUAAGCGCGAGCGUCGCCAUGGCAUUCACCAUCAUGUUUCCCAGCUGCAGCUACGUCUUUGUUCUGAACUCUAUGGCUCGAUACGAAAAGGCAGGAAAAGCGACCAACAUCUACGUCAUACCCCCAUCCCCUGGCUUCGAGGUACAGAAAGCUACCAUCGGGACGCUCUGGUUGUGCUUGUGCUUGAGCAUCGUUGCUUUCCCCUUGGUCACCAUUGCGAUCGAACGAUUUGUCCAUGGGACCAGCCGCCGCGGGCGCCAUUUCAAGACAGGCCCUAAAGCAGCCAACACUUCAUUGGCCCUCCAAGUCAUCGGGGUUACAAAGACAUACAAAGCCAGUAUAUGGAAACGAAUGUGCUGCUUCGGCAAGCGUCGUCCCGUCAUUGCCGUUAAUUCGAUGACCUUUUCAAGCAGUAAGCAGCAGGUCCUCUGCCUGUUAGGUAGUAACGGCUCUGGAAAGACGACGACAAUGGAUCUCAUCACCGGAAGACAGAACCUGACGAGCGGGUCAAUCCAGAUCAAUGCUCCGGCGUCCAAGAUUGGCUUUUGUCCGCAACGAAACAUACAAUGGGACGAACUGACGGUUCUGGAGCAUGUCAGAAUAUGGGAUAUGAUCAAGGGAGGCAAGUCAACUCGAGCACAGUUGGAAAGGCUUGUCGAGUCGUGCGAUCUUAAUCUCAAGAUGCACAACCGGGUUGGAACACUCAGUGGUGGACAGAAGCGCAAGGUUCAGUUGGCAUGCAUGCUUGCUGGCGGAAGCUCUGUCUGCCUCAUGGACGAGGUUACAACAGGAAUGGACCCAGUGUCACGCCGAGCCAUCUGGAACAUCGUCCUGGCCGAGCGCUCGAAGCGAUCCAUUAUCCUAACAACACACUUCCUUGACGAAUGCGAUGUCCUGGCCGAUCAGGUUGUCCUCAUCUCCCGCGGUCAUGUUAAGUGCCAGGGCUCACCUGCAGAGCUGAAGAACUUGUACGGAGGGGGAUACCGCGUUCACGUGCCACAGAUUGACGGUAUUCCCCAGACGCGAUUCCCAGCAGUCAUCCACCGAGGCGAAACGAUUUUCAACACACCCGACUCGGUCUCUGCUACCAGGCUCCUCUCAUCCUUGGAAGCGGCAGGGCUGUCCGAUGCCGUGGUCUCGGGGCCGACAAUUGAACAUGUCUUUCUACAAGUCGCCAAUGACACUGAGGAGUUGGAGAAGACGACUUCACUCAAUUUGGAAGACGACUUGACACCCCUUACUGUGGUCGAUCCAACGCCGAACGGAGAACUGUCCUCAGGCACCCGAACCACCUUCAUUCAGCAGCUUCUAGCUCUGACAGUAAAACGCCUUACCAUUUUUCGCAGCAACUUUUGGUGGUACAUCGUAGCCAUGACACUCCCUCUGGCUUUCUCACCAGGCGCCACUUCACUUCUAAAGGUUUCGGACGGCAUCGACACAUUCCCAUUCGAGCUGCCUUUAUGCGUCAGCUCUCAGCCAUCCGUCUUUGAUGAGCCAUGGUCAGUUGACAUCGCUGCAUCGGGAUACACCGACGAGGUCGGCUCAGGUGUCAUGUCAAUGCUUGUGGGCCCGCAAUCGACACGUAAGAGUGUGUUUGACGUCAUCGACAAGUUUCCCAUCGGAAAGAGGUAUAAUUCCAACAACUUCGAUUCAGAUUUCACCUUUCAAAACGGCUUCAAAGCCUUCCAAAACCGCAUGCGCGAACCGGUGAAAUUUAGUCCAGGCGCCAUCUACUUUGGUGAUGACUUGGAUAAGGCCACUAUUGCCUACAAUCCCGAGCUCGGCUAUGACACACCCGUCUUGAUGCAAAACCUGUAUAUCCAAGCCGCCAGCGGCGUUCCCAUUACAGUGCAGCUGGCUUUCUUCAGCAACUCAACGCCCGCUGACGCCGGCUCCGGCCUGAUUUCUGCAAUGAUACUUGCCUUCCUCCACUCUCUCUACCCUGCUUUCUUCGCCCUCUACCCGACCUACGAAAAGCUGCACAAGGUCCGAGCCCUUCAGUACUCCAACAACGUCCGCCCAUACCCGCUGUGGGCCUCAUACAUGAUCUUUGACAUGAUUUUCGUCACCAUCAUUGCUUCCUUGGGAACGCUCGCCCUUUCGGCUCAUGUCGAGAACUGGUACUUUGCUGGCUACAUGUUCCCAGUCAUGUGGCUCUAUGGAAUUGCGAGCAUGCUGUGGAGUUAUAUUAUCUCUCUGUAUGCCAAAUCUGAGUUGGCGGCCUUUGGCUUGACGGUUUGUUCGAUGGUUGGUGCCUUAACUAUCACCAUGAUUGGUUUCUCACUAACUAGUCAGCUCGGCGCAACCAACCCAACUCCCAACAGCCCCACCCUUACUCUGGACGCAAUAUCCUUCUCUCUCGGCCUGUUGUUCCCCAUCAUGAAUCUGUUCCGGGCCAUGGCGGUUGGCCUUAACAUCUGGCUCGUCAGCUGCCAUAACUACAAGCUGCUUACUAACCCAGGGGACACCCAUGCCUAUGGCGGACCUAUUAUGCUGCUUGUUAUCCAGAUUAUUUACUUAUUCCCUCUUCUUGUCUGGCUGGAUGGUAAAAAGUCUUUCUCUUGGCCGUGGCGUCGAACGAAGCAGGUCAAUGCUGAAGAGUCUAUCUCAAACAAUCACCAUGGUAUUGAGAUGGAUAACAUCGGGAACGAGGGAUCCGUCUCGGAUCUGCUUCGUGUAACGCAAGUGACCAAGUCAUUCGGAGGCAAACUUGCGGUCCAGAAGGUAUCGUUGACGAUAGGUGAGAGCUCGGUUGUUGCGCUGCUCGGCCCCAAUGGCGCUGGAAAGACGACGCUUACAAACAUGAUGCGUGGGGAGUUGGUUCCAGACAAGGGCAGAAUUUAUGUGCAGGGAGUUGAAGUGCAAGGGAAUCUUCAAAUGGCGAGGAAAUCCAUUGGCGGUCAGUUUCAAUUAUUUCUCGAGCACAUUUUUCCACCAGUUACUAAACAGGAUGGCACAGUUUGUCCACAAUUCGACGCUCUCGAUAAGAUCACUGUUAGACAGCAACUGAAUUUCUAUGCCCGGAUCAAGGGCAUCAGCAACAUAAAGCAGAACGUUGAGCUGGUCAUGUCCAAGGUUAGCCUAACACCCUAUGCCUCUCGCCUUACCCAUGUCUUGUCGGGCGGCAAUAAGAGGAAAUUGAGCCUUGCGAUUGCACUACUGGGUAAGCAGUACCUUGACUUCGGUCCUUCUGAAUUUAUUGUUGACAAGUACGCAGGCAACCCCAGAGUCCUGAUCCUUGAUGAGCCUAGCUCCGCAAUGGACGCCUUUGCGAAACGAGAGAUGUGGAAGAUGCUCUCUUCAAUCACCUCGGGGCGCUCCGUUUUACUGGUUACGCAUUCUAUGGAAGAAGCUGAUGAGCUAGCGACCCAGGUAGCUAUUAUGUCUAAACGUAUCCUGGCCAUUGGCACAUGUCAGCAACUCCGAAAGCAAUACAGCAAUGUAUACGACGUCCAUUUAGUGCUUAAAACAGCACCGGGCUCCUCACGUACAGAGAUCCAAGAACUCGAGUCCUGGGUUCGCGAUGUCUUUCCGCAAGCCUCUUUCGAUGCCAUCAAUCUAGGUGGACAAGUUCGCUUUGUUAUGCCAGUUGCAUCAAGCUUACCCGAUGAUGGGAAGAGCACUGUCCUGAGAUUAAUGGAGAUUUUGGAGCAACACCGGACGAGCCUUAGGCUUGCACACUACACGGUUGGGACGGGAACGCUAGAGAUGGCAUUUUUGAGGAUUAUAAAGAACUGUGAUGUGCCAGAGAGUUAG